AUGGCGCCUCCACGACCAAGGUGGGAAGCCAACAAGAAGCAGGCUCCGGCAAAAGCUCAGAAGCAGCAGAAGCAGAAGGUCCAGCACGAGGCCCCACCUCCAGAACCAUCGAUCCCGCUUGAGCUGCAGCAACUUUUACUCAACAUCUUCAGAGAUUCCUUUGCGGAGCGUUUUGCGGCCGACAUUAAGCCGCUCCUGCAAGAAGUCAAAGGCCACUUGUACAAUCGCGACUUUGCGACGGCAUUUGGGAAAAAUGAAUACCUUGAGGCAUAUGCCGCACGCUGGAGCGCAAGCCGAGCCCUGGGUUACGCAGACUUGUUCCUGGAUUUGAAAUCACAGCUAUGGCCCGAGAGUGCGGAAGAAGAUGCCAAGAGCCGGAAAAUCGUAUCUUUAGGUGGAGGUGCAGGUGCAGAGCUCGUGGCUUUGGCUGGUGUGCAGAAGAUGUUGAGUCAGGACGGACAAGACCAAGUGCCACCGACAAUGAAUGUGGAAGCCAUUGAUAUUGCAGACUGGACGGUGGUUAUGGAAUUGCUUGCAAAAAAUGUCACCACUGCACCAACACUAUCAAAAUAUGCCUCGGCUGCCCUGCAAGCUGCAAAUGCUCCUCUCAUCAAUCCGGAUUCAUUCAACGUCUCCUUUCGCCAACUCGACAUUCUCAACGCCGCUACCGACGUGCUUUCAGACAUGGUAAAGGACGCUACUCUGGUCACACUUCUCUUCACCUUGAACGAACUCUACUCGACGUCGUUGUCGUUGACGCAAAAGUUUCUGCUCAACCUGACAUCGGCUCUGCCUUCGGGUGCACGUUUGCUAGUGGUGGAUAGUCCUGGUAGCUAUUCGACAAUCACGCUCAAUGGAGCGGAAAAGAAGUACCCGAUGCAAUGGCUAUUGGACCAUACGCUUCUCCAAACGGGUGAAAAGGACAAGAAUAAAGAGGAAGCAACGUGGGAAAAGAUUCACGAGGAUGAGAGUCGAUGGUUCAGGCUUGCUCCGACUUUGCGGUACCCGAUUGAAUUGGAGAAUAUGCGAAUGCAGCUACACUUGUACCGCAAGCUGUAA